AUGAAAGAAGGCAAAGCUCCUGGAUUUACCGUACCCCUCACCAUUCGACGAGCCAAACCAGGCGACACGGUCACUUUCGAGUGUGUCCCAUAUGGAAAUCCAUUCCCGGCAAUCAAAUGGCUUAAGGAUGGAAUCGAACUGGCACCAAGUGAUAAGAUCAGCUUUGAAGCGCUACCCGAUGGUACUCAACGGUGUAUAAUAAAAGAUGUCGACUUCUUCAGCGAAGGUUUCUUCCGCUGUGUUGCUACGAAUCCAUAUGGUACCGCGUCAACAAAGGCGGAGCUUAGAAAUGUGACCUAUUAA